ACAGAUUAGUGUGUGGAGGCAAUGCACCUCUUUAAUGUCUUGAGGUGCGGCCAGAGUGGAGAGCAUUUAGUGGGGAGCUUCCACGCGUGCAGCGCUUCAUGUCCGUGACUCGGUCCGUGGGCUGUCGUCCGCGGACGGAGAGGGAGCGCUGCGUUAGCUUAGCGUGCUACACAUGGAGGAGCUGCUUCCACCAGACGUUUGGUUCUACAUCUUCAGCUUCUUGCCCACAGAGGACAGGCACACGGUGCGCACGUGCAACAGAUACAUGAAGCAGCUCGUGGACCAUCAUUACCUGUGGAGGGAGCACGUGGUGACCCUGUCGGACCUCCGCCGCUACACCUAUGGUUUCUGGGACACCCUGCAGCAGCGCAGGCUGACCCGGGUGGCGGUGCAACACCUGCGGCGUAAAGAGUGGCGGCGGCUCGUCAAGUUCCUGCCCACGGUCACCGCAAUCGUGUUCGUGGACGGCGGGCGGCUGUACAAGCAAAAGUACCUGGAUAACCUGGCGCGGUUCCCCUGUCUGAGGGACCUCGGGGUGCGCAACGCCACCUGGGACGAGCCCAUGCUGGGGCUGAGCCUGAUCCAGCAGCUGCAGGACCGACUGACCCACUUGAGCGUUUGCAACGUGCGGCUGCCGUGCACGGCGGGCUUCAUCCGAGCCGUGUCGCACCUGGUCAACCUGGAGCACCUCCUGUUCCACCAGUACAGGGAGAACUACGGGCUGAACAGUGUGCGCCCGGUGCCUCGGGACGCGUUCCACGGCAUGCUGCUGAGUCUGAAGAAGCUCAGGUACCUGUCCUGGGGAAUGAGGGAGGAGCCGCCUGAACCGCUGCCAGAAGACUACUUCAGCCCCCCGGAUCCGGACCAGUCAGAUUUGUAUGGCGGCCCAUCCCUGCUCAGCCUCGAACUGGUUGAUUACCCAGAGACCAUUCUGCCAGUGAAUGCCCUGAGGAGCCUGACCAUGCUCAAGUCACUCACGGUCCGCUUUCGCUACAUCAAGGGGGGCGUCGACUGUUGCCUCAAGUACUGGCUGAGUGAUCUCAUUCAGCUGGAAACCCUCAACAUCAUUGGUGUAAAUUCUCUUAAAGUGUACACACCCAUCAUCCCACCCACUGUGACCAGGUUGACCCUGCGUGUUGCUAUAACUCUGAAGGACAUGGAUUCCAUUGCUUCAACAGUCCCAGCACUUGAAUACCUCGACAUCGAGCAGAGCCGCUCCAGCGGCAGUCUCUGCCGGCGAAUACCGACAUUGUUUCCCCAGCUCAAGAUGCUAAGGAUUCGGUUUUUCAGUAGAGAACCAGACAAAGAACUGCUGAGCCUCCACCGGCUGAAACACCUAGUACAAUUGGAACUUCUGGUGGAACAGUCAUUCAUCCCAAGGGACUACCUGAAUGGUCACCCCUGGCCCAGCCCAAACGUACAGGGCUUGAUCAGCCAGCUGCAAGAAAUGUCAGAGAACCGAAUCACAAUUGUCACAACAAUGCGCCAGAGAAACCCUCUGCGAGAAUGUGACUGCGUGUGGGAGGGUGACUGACAAAGAUACCUGUGAAAACUGGCAAAGAGCACAUGAAUGAAGGGUGGAAGCAUCAGCAGACAUCCAAACCAAAGUGUGACCUCCACUGCCCGGGAAGAUAGGAUGAAGGUAGUAAGACUCUAGGCAUACAGCUGACAUAAUACAGCUGUAUAAUACAGCUGCAGAUAAGAUUGUUCAGUUUCAAGUACAGAGAAGUCUGUCACGUUCUAGUGUAUUCAUAUAUUAGAGGUCAUUUGGAGAUGAAAUCUCAACCAGCAUUUCAAUCAAAAUGACAGACACUGACUUCCAAUAUGAAACCUGUCAAAAAUCUUAGUUGGGUCUCUCAUUUUCACCUGAGGCCAUCAAAAUAUGGCCAUCGGGUAUUGCAAAGGCUUUGCAUCUGUCUCUGUCCGUCUGUCUGUGCUCAGCAUAAGUCCAGUCCUAUUAUUGCCAGGGUCUUCAAAUUCACAGGGAACAUAUUUAUUAAAACAUUUAAUUUCCCUUAUAAUGACAACAAAUACUAAACAAAAAGGGAAGAGUAUCAAAACCUUUUUUCCAUCAAUGUCAAAAAGGAGAAGAAAGGGGAGAAAAAGUAGAAAAAUACCUAAUUAAAGUCUGACCUUAUGGGCUUGACAUACUCAGUCCACUUUGACCAGGUUUUAUAGAACUUGUCCAUUUGAAAUCUGAGCUUGGCUGAAAGUCUUUCCAUGAUAUAAAUUUCUUUAAUAAUGUUGAUCCAUUCAUCCGUUGUUAGAGGGUCCAGUUUAAGCCACUUCCUGGUUAUGGCUUCAUUACUUGCUAUCAAAAGCAUCCAGAGCAAUUGCUUAUCUUCUUUACCCCAAUUUGUUACAUUAAUAUUUCCCGAAUACAUUUUUUCACAAUUAUAAGGUAUCUUACAUUCAAAUGCAUUAUUAAUAUGCUCACAUACAGUAGUGUUCAGAAUA